AUCCUCAAAAUCGCACGCUUGUAUAGACUGUCUUAAAGGCAUCAUUCCACUUCAGACUCGUUGCAAGCUUGUAGCUGAGCGGAGGCGGGCGUUCACCACGCCGGAAAUCGAAGCUCAAAUCCAAUAUAGAUCGAUCAGUAAAUAGAUCUCGAGCCGGCAGGAGCCGCCGCAUCACCGGCUGCUCGUGUGCCGUAGUAUUUGCAGCGUGCAAGCUCGCUGCAUCUUUACCUUCUGGCAAAGCUUAUCGUGACACCGUUUCGGCCGCAUUGCACCGGGCAACGGCCGGGGUCGAGCGGCCCGCGUGUCCGUCCUGCCGUCGUCGACUUUAUUCCGUUUUAGUCGCCGUGGACUCGCCGUUUUCCAGCGGCCGUUUCGCGCGUUUCAGUCAGCAGCGAGUGCAGUGAGUCCCGGCUACUAUACCGCGUGCACUCUCUUUUUCUCUGCGCCACGCGCUGCGAUUAAUCAACUACCCCGCGAUUCUCUCUUUGGAGACUUAUAGGCUCGCUAUAAGCUCGAUGUAAAACGUCAUGGCAAUCAACAUAAAAUUCACAAAAUUUGAUAACACACCAUGGGGCUUUCGAUUAGCGGGUGGCAGCGACUUUCCACAACCGCUUACUGUUAUCAGAGUCACUGAAGGCAGUUUGGCCGAAUGUAUGGGUUUAAAAGUCGGCGAUGUUAUAGUGAGAUUGAACGAUCAGCCGAUUAGCAACUUGACACACGGACAAGCGCACGAGGAGCUUAUGCAUGCUGGCAAUAAUUUCGUCCUAGGUGUACAAAGGGAGGAAGAGGUACGAAAGGCCGCCGAGGCGAUAUCGGAAGAGAACAUCGUCCCAUAUAAGAUCGCCCUUGCAGACUUACCGCCGGUCUUCCCAGAACAGAUCUUGAAAGAAGAGACCGUGAUCGAGCGGUACAAGGAGGAGAAGACCGUCGUCGAGCAAACAGCGCCGUUGUCCGCUGAGGACGAGAUCAGGCAGGAGGAAGAGAAGCUUGCGGAGGAGAAACCGGUAGACGCCAACAGCGAAAUUGUGCCCAACAAAAAUCUCACGGAUGACGAAAUUGCACAGCUAAUUCUCGAGGAAGAGGAACUCUUGUCCAAUGAAGGAUUACUGGGGGUAAAUUUCAAGAAGUUGAGACCGCGAGCUACGAUUCUAAAAGGCUCGAAGGUACUGGAAGAAUUACAGCACAUUGCGACAGCCGAACCUGAGCGGGUGCAGGAGUUGAAGCGCGCUUCUACCUUCUUACAAAAGCCGCAGCGACCGGUACCAGCACCGAAGCAAAAGCAGAAAAUAGAAGAGGACGACGUUGAAACCUAUAAGGUCGUGAUUAAGAAGCAAGAUAAAAAGACAGUCAUCAAGCGUCUCGUGGAGAAGGGUCUGCUACCUUCAGGAUCGGAAGCAAGUGUUAAGACACCGGAACUGCCGGCAUCGUUCGAGGUAAAAAUGCAUGAAAUGGAAACCAGACCAAAGGAGGAAUGUUUUCCCGUCAUGUCUGAUCCGAAUUCCCCGUGUUUGACUAUCUCCCUUGAUAUCGACACUGCAGAACUCGAUCCGCACGAGACUCGCCCUUCCGAAGAUCAUUCGAUGCAUCGCGCGACAUACAAAUGCAAACCGAAGCUGGUCCAUGUCAAGCCAAGUCACUACCGAAGAUCCAGCAACGGCAGACAUAACGAGAUCAAAGCAAAACCAUCCUUCAAGGAUGAUUGUCUGGAGAGCGGCUUUCAUGAUUACGUUUGCUCCUGCGUUGCUUGCGACGAAGAGCACCUCUGUUCGCAACCAAUGCCGACUCGCGUUGCCAUUUCCAGAAUAAAACGCACUAGGAUGAAAGGAAAAUAUCUGGCGACUUAUCUGCAGCGUGAAAGCAUCAAGCUGAUGUCCCUGAUGACGAAGUUAUUCGAGUUCUUCUUGCAGAAACCAGACGUUUCCGAACCAAUGAGCAUGCCAGAGAUUCGCAGGCGACGUUCAAGUUUCAAGGGCUACUACCUUGAAAAUGUUCUCCAGAAAAAUGUCAGUCCUGUUCUCGAAUGCGUCAAGGAGACGUUUGUCAAUGAUCCGAAAAUAACCGAUGAGAAGGAAGAUGAAUCAAAGUCCACGAAAGGAAGUUGGCGAAUAUUGGCGAACUUUAUGGAUUACGUGAAGAACAGUCUAGGUCAUCUCUUCACCACGUCAUCGAAAGUCAAAUGUGGUUUCAAAGGUGCUGAUGACUCAGUCCUAAACGAACGGAAGCAUGACGAAUGUGCUCGCGAUAUAGAGAUCUCUGAAUGGCACGAGGAUGGUCCAUCAUGUCCAUUGCAAAGAAAAUCUGCCGUUAUCGUUAGCUUCUCCGAUGAUCUAGACAAAGAAAACAUUGAUGAAAAUGAUUACGACGAUGUGCUUGAAUAUACCAGCGAUCUGGUCACGACUGGAGAGACUGAUGAGCGUUCCAUCUCACCUAAACACACGGACGAGAUGGCGGAUAAGGAAGACAACCUCUCAAAACUCUUGCAGUCGGCUGAGGAUUACAUUUCUGCUGAAAUCUUUCAUCGCCGCAGCAGAAGGCUCUCGAAACCACGCAAAUCCAUAGAUAUCGUGCCUGAGGGAGAGGAUAACGCUCUUGAAAAACUUCUGCAGUCAGCCGAGGAUUAUGUUUCCACCGAACUUUUCCACCGAGGCAGCAGAAGGCUUUCGAAACCACGUAAAUCCAUAGACAUUGUCCCGGAAAAUGACAAUAACGCUCUUGGGAAAUUCUUGCAGUCGGCUGAGAAUUACGUUUCCACCGAGGUCUUCCAUCGUGGCAACAGAAGACUCUCAAAAUCGCGCAAAUCUAUAGAUAUUACCCCUGAAAAGGACAACGAUACUCUCAAACAAUUUUUGCGAGCAGCUGAAGAUUACGUUUCCACCGAGGUCUUCCAUCGUGGCCACAGAAGGCUUUCAAAAUCGCGUAAAUCUAUAGAUAUUGACCCCGAAAAAGAUGAGAGUACUCUCGAGAAAUUCUUGCAAUCAGCUGAAGAUUACGUUUCCGCCGAGGUCUUUCAUCGUGGUAGCAGAAGGUUCUCGAGAUCACGCAAAUCUAUAGAUAUCGUUCCCGAAAACGACGACGACGAAACUUUCAGAAAAUUCUUGCAAUCAGCUGAGGAUUACGUUUCCGCUGAGGUUUUCCAUCGCGGUAGUAGAAGGCUCUCGAGAUCCAAAGAUGCGGGACAGGAGAACGAUGUUGUGUCAAGCCUCCUUAAAUCAACCGGCGAUUACGUUUCUAGCGAGGUGUUUCACCGCAGAAGCAGAAGAUUAUCGAGAUGCUUCAGAAGAGAAUCAGUCUCUCUCACUCCUACUCCUACUUGGUGGAGUACUCUGAAGAGUAUUUUGAAUCUAAUUUUGCCUUGGUUCUCGCUCAAGGUCACCGAGGAAAAUCCAGAAUACAGCGACGUCUGCGAAGAAAAGAUUGGGAAGAUUGAUUCCGAAAUUGAGCACGACAGUCGGAGGCUAUCGUUUGUACCGACGAUUCUGUAUCAAGGUGUUACGAACCGCAUCGGCGUUGAUUUCACGAGGCUGGUGGCAUACGCUUUCGUACCAUGCACCUCAAUCAUCCUUUUGUACAUGUAUAAACCAUCGCCUGAUGACAGAAAGAUUCCGACUCCAACCGUAACACCGGAACCUACAUGUAAAACAGAUCAAGAAGGGAAAUCUGAUUCACGUCCCGCAUCAAAAGCAGCAGGAGAAAUGAGAAGCGACGAGAUCGACGAAAUCAGUGCUGAAAAGAGAAUCGAAUCCGAAGAGGAAGAUUAUCGUCCUGAAUCUCGCGCGGCGGGAUCCACGCAGGACGAGGCCGCAACAGCCGAGGAGGAUUCGAGCGUCUCGACGACGGAUCCAGCUGCUAAAGCCGAGAAGAUCAAAGAGCUGGUGUCGACAGAAAUCAAUCUAGAGCAACAACUGGAGAACGUGCAGCGGCAAUUGCUUGCUCUGAAACAACUACCGAGUGAGAUCGAGAAUCAUCUGAGGAUCGUAUCUGACCAAUUGCACAAGAUUAUGGAGCUGAGCGGCAUGCAAGGGUUCUUUGGCAACGGAAACGGCGGCUGUCAUGAAUUGUCAGAAGAAAAUAUAUCAAAACGAGAGGAUGAAGAAAAGCCGAAAGACGAGGAAGAGAACACCGAUGAAGAGGACGAGGAAUUUACUGAGACUUAUGAUUACAUUGAAGAGAUUGCGUGUUUGGAGCGAAAGGCGUCAUCGAGGUCAACACCGCACAUGAUCGAGCCCAGUGACGACGAGGAAGAAAUGGAGGAAGAAGAAGCAGAAAUGAAGGAACUAGACGGUAUGAUUUCCGUGAAGAGCGCGGACGAAGAAGGAAGAAGGGUAAAGAAGUUCAUCGUCUCUUAUGAAACCAAGCUGCUGAAAUCGCCAAGUCCGACACCAUCGCACGGAAGUUUCGAACCAGAUCUUAAACUGUCACCAAAAGACCAAGUUAUACAGGAAUUGCAGCAAAAGGUGCACAAGAGAGGCAGAAAACAUUCGCAGGAGCUCUGGCCCCAGGCUAAGCAGCUCGAACUUACGCAAGGCCGCAGAUGGAGAUGCCCGAAUGACUUCUUCAACGACGAGAUGAUCGCGGAAGUGCUAUCCUGCCAAGCGGAAGUCAUUCGUGGUAAAGCGAUGGGAGUAAAUUUCAAGAAGUAUGAGAAAACGAACCUACCAAACUAUGACCACCUGAUGAACUCGAGCGUCUAUAAGAUGAUUCAUAAAAUGGAGCGAGAACCAAAAAGAGGCAUCCCCGCCAGACCAGCCAAAGUUAAUGCAGCGGAAGACGUAAUCGAGAGAACUAAAUCACCGGCGUUAAGUGUUGUGGAUAACAGAAGCACUCGAAGCAUCAGCCACUAAUCUAUCAAUGAUCAGAAUGUAUUAUAAUAUGAUAGUUUAUAUAUAUGAGGAAUCAACAUAUUUGAAAAAUGAACUAGUCUUAUAUUUCUGAAUUUAUAUUCGAAUAUCAGGAAAAUUGCUAAGAACAUCAUAUUUGCUAAAUUAUUGAUAUAUAAAUUAUUGAUCAUACAUGUUAAAGAAUAUUAUUACACCAUCUUCAAUAUAAUGUUAUAACAUAUGGGUGUAACAAUUCUAAGCACUGCACAUGUGUGAACGUAUUUAAAUCACUUCAGAAAAUGUUUCGGCAAUAUAUUGCAAUAAAGAAAUUAGUCUCUUUUCGUAAAUGUACAUUUGGAACAAAUAAUUCAAUAAAUAUCUAGCUGCAUAAAACUUGACGUUUUGAAACAUGUAGGAAAUAUCUGUAAUUAGUCCAUGCGAAUUUCUUCAAACGUAACUGUCUCAUUGCAGUAUGUUUUUCUAUACCGGUAAAUUACAAAUUAAAAAAAUGUACGUCACGUCAGAAUAAUUAGGUAUUACUCUUUAAUGUAUGACCUACUAUUUUACAUCAAUAUGCGCUCUGUUAUGGCUUAUAUCGCUCUGUAAAAUGUCCAGUAAAUCAAAUAUGACAGAUG